CACAGUGAAGAACAAACAUAUAUAGACAUCUACAAACACAUCACUCAGCUGUUUUCAGUCUGAAUGAUUUAAAGUCAUCAAAGGUGAACUGCACUGUCUGAAACUUUCACUUAAGGAGCAGAAGAUGUCAAUAUGGGAGGGACAAAAAGAAGAAAAAAUACAUUAAACCAAUAAAAAAUCACAAAAAUACAAGAAAACACUCAGUAUAAGGGAAUCACAACUGCAGGUUUGAAAGGCUGCAUUCUGCCCCCUUGACUACUCCACCUCAGCUGCACCAUCAGCAGCCAUUCCAUUGACAACAACAACUGUCACCUCCCUCCCUCUGGACCCUCACCUCUAAGGACCAGUGAAGGUGAAGUAAGAGAACUCUUUAAGAGACAAAAGUGCAGGAAGGCAUGUGGCCUGGAUGGAGUCAUGCCUUCCCGCUUGAAAGCUCAUGCUGCUGAGCAUGCCCCUAUUUUUACCAGGAUCUUUAACAGCUUGUUGGAGCAAUGUACAGUCCCCACCUGCUUUAAACGCUCUAAAGAAACAAACCAAUACUUAUAAGUAAAGUUGCACUGUGCACACUGUGAGCACUUGUUAUCAUAAAUGUCACCUGUGCUGCAAUGUCUGCUUCAAGCAGCAGGAAACACACACAAUCCACACCACAACCCUUACCUUAACCCUAACCUGAAUCCUAAAACCAAGUCUUAACCCUCAGAGAGCUAUUUGAAAAGGUGAGGACCAGGCAAAAUGUCCUCACUGUGUAGCAAAAAACCCCAAACCUUUUUUUGGUUCUCACUGUAUAGCAGGUACAGGAACACACACCCACACACACAUCAAGCAGGAAUAUUCUGCCAUUGUUACAGCCAUCAUUCCCCCAUGUUCCUACCACUACUCAGCAAUACUGUCUAUAUGAGGUCGCUCAUGUGCACUUUAGGAAUAUUUUCAUAAAGUCUCGAAUUUCUUCACUUUUUGUGCUUAUACAUUUCCGUUUCUUUAAUUAUUUAUAUAUAGGGGCUUGGGAAUAUUUUUGACCUGUUGGGGCAGGGUGCACUGGACAGAUCACUGGUCUAUUCAGUGUGAGAGACAACUUUCUGUUGUGUUGAGCAUUAACUGUCCUGGUGAUUACUGUUAAUUGAUAAAACAUAGCUGGUAAAACCUGAUAAAACUGUAAAAGUAUGUGAACUGCUGAGCUGUGACAGCUACAGCAGGAUCUGUCCAUGGUGCUGAAACCAGGCUGAGACUGGUUCACUUCCCCCUGGCCAGCUGCGAGCGGCCAGACAGACAGAAAGAGAACUGUGCCCCCAGUAGGGAAGUAUAAUGAGAGUAGUCUUUACUUUGUGCCGUAACAGCGUUCAAACAGCCCAGAGACAGAAAGACAAGCAGAGAGAGGGAGAGAGUCGGCCGGAGAGAGAGGAGAGGAUGAUGUCAUAGUUGUUAGUCUGUGCCAUGGAAGAAGCAGAUGGCUGCAGCCUUCUUCCUUUUCCUUCACUCCUAUUUCCACCUCCAUCCCCAGUAUCAGCCUCAGCAUCAGGAGUAAUCUAGAGCAAAGAGUGACAAACCGCAGGAGCGGAAUCUGUGCAGGUAGGCUGAAAGAAACAAAGCGGAAAACCCCUCUGUCCGCUGAAUGGGAGCGGAUCAACCGAAGGAGAUGUGAGAUAAAGACGCGACAUGGGCCAGAAUAUCGGAAUAACCACUAGUACCCGUUCAGUCUUGUUUUUUGUCUUUAUUUUGUAUUAUGACCAGGCGGCAGUGUAGAGGAGCCAGUCCUGCCCAGAAAGGAGGAGGAGGAGGAGAGACGCGCAGAAGGGUGUCGACGGACAGAGGCAGGGGUAAAGGAGAAGAGGAGGGGAGGAACCGAGGAAAAAUAACAGAGUAACAUUACAAGCUUCCAAUAAUGGCGGCUAAAUCUGACGGGGUCCUGAAGAUGAAGAAAAGUGACGUGGCUUUUACCCCCCUGCAGAACUCGGAACACUCCGGCUCGGUGCAGGGGCUCCACACGGGCGGCCAGCCCGACUCUGCGGGCACGGGGGACGGAGACUUCGCUAAUGGGGAGUCGCGGUGCUGCGGUGGGGGAGGCUCCAACUCGACGUGCCUUCGCCUGGGCAGGGAGCAACAGAAAUACACGGUGUGGGACUGCCUGUGGAUUGUAGCCGCAGUGGCUGUGUAUCUGGCUGACGUGGGCACACGUUGGAAAAAAUUCUUCGUGGUGCUGGGCUCCUUCUCGGUCCAGCUCUUUAGCUUUAGAUGGUUCGUCCACGACUUCAGCACCGAGGACAGCACAGAAUCCGUCUCCGAUUGCGCCCAUAUGGAUGGGAAUAAGCUACUGAGCGGCUCGGCCUCGCACGGCGACGUUACUGCUCAGCAUCAUAAGGCCACACCGCAGAGACAGGCGUCGACCGCCAGCAAGAACACCAUUGCCAACAGCACCGGGAGCACCGCGCUGGGUAGCAGGGCCAGGAAACGGUCGGCCUACUACACCUUCUGCGUCUGGUUCGGCCAGUCCGUCAUCCACAUCCUCCAGCUGGGCCAGAUAUGGAGGUAUUUCCAUACCAUCUACCUGGGCGUUCGAAGUCAUCAGAGCACUGAGUCAGAGCGAUGGCGUUACUACUGGAGAAUGGUUUAUGAGUUUGCAGAUGUCAGCAUGCUACACCUGCUAGCCACCUUUCUGGAGAGUGCUCCACAACUGGUGCUACAGCUGUGUAUCAUCAUACAGACACACAAACUCCAGGCUGUGCAAGGUAUGACCGCAGCAGCCUCCCUUAUCUCUCUGGCCUGGGCCUUGGCUUCCUACCAAAAGGCUCUGCGAGAGUCUCGGGAUGACAAGAAGCCAAUCAGCUACCUGGCUGUUAUCAUCCAGUUCUGCUGGCACUUCUUCACUAUCGCAGCAAGGGUAAUCACCUUCGCCCUGUUUGCCUCAGUGUUUCAACUCUAUUUUGGCAUCUUCAUCGUCCUGCACUGGUGCAUCAUGACCUUCUGGAUUGUCCACUGCGAGACAGACUUCUGCAUAAGCAAAUGGGAGGAGAUAGUGUUUGACAUGGUGGUGGGCAUAAUCUACAUCUUUUCCUGGUUCAACGUCAAAGAGGGAAGGACAAGGUGUCGGCUUUUCAUUUAUUACCUGGUGAUCUUGGUGGAGAAUGCUGCUCUCAGUGCGUUGUGGUAUCUCUACCGGCUGCCUCACACCACUGACGCCUUUGCAGUGCCAGCGCUCUGUGUCAUCUUCAGCAGUUUCCUCACCGGUGUGGUUUUCAUGCUCAUGUACUAUGCCUUUUUUCAUCCCAAUGGGCCACGCUUUGGACGCUCACCGAGUGGCCAGGGCCUCGACCUUGACCCCACUUCUCAGUUCUCCACACUACCUUCUGAUGGUGGCACCAACUCACUGCGUUCUAACCGUGGUGCCACUGCAACACUGGAGCGUGAUACUGGGAAGUAUUCUGAGCGGGACGGCUGCAUGCCAGUGUUUCAGGUCCGAUCCACAGUGCCAUCCACACCAUCGUCACGUGCUCCGCGCCUCGAAGAGACCGUCAUCAAGAUUGACCUUUGCAGGAACCGCUACCCAGCCUGGGAGCGUCAUGUCCUUGACCGCAGUAUACGCAAGGCAAUCCUGGCCAUAGACUGCUCCCUAUCUCCCCCACGGCUGCAGUACAAAGAUGAUGCUCUGGUGCAGGAGAGGCUGGAAUAUGAGACCACGCUGUAGUUCCACCCUGCUCUCAGAGUCCAGUAUCACAUAAAUAGCAAGAGGGAGUGUGGCAAUAAAAAUUUGUUACUACUGACAAACUUAUUUUCAUCUCUUUACCAGUUUUCUUCCUCUGUUCCUUGGCAUCAGUGCACACCCAAGAACAUUUGGCCCUGUUAGUAGUGAUCAGGGGAGCGGUUUGGCAUAACUUCAGUUGAUGUUGUUGGAUGUGUUUGGGUUCUUUGUAUGGUCAUUAUAUUUAUUUCCACUUGUCAGGGAAAUCCUAUGUGGUAUGAACUAAAUGCAGAUCAAGAGAAUGCUUCAGUACUCUGCGCAAACCCUAGAAGAGGCUGAUGCACUGUUUGGUUAAGGAUAAAAUAAGCAUAUGUCCAUCCAGAUGAGUUUUAAGUCAUCAGAUAUUCUACUUUAACCUAAAGGAUGUGAAUACCACAGAAAUGACUGUAAUGUGAUGAGGAAAGGAAAUGAGCCCUCAUCCAGCAUCAGUAGGAAACCUGAAACUGUCAUAUCUGUCUUAAUGUGUUCCUGUUCUACUGUGUGGAAGUCCUGAUGAUGUGAUCCCACAGCUGCCACAACUGGGUGGGUACUUCAGUCAAUAUCUACAUGAUAACACUCAUUGCUCCUGUUCUCUUAGUGCCAAAAAGGUUCCUUAGGAAUGUCCUCUAGCUUCUGAGGAUGUUGAACACUUUAGAGAAGGCUGUGCAGUCCAGAACAUUUUUCUCUGGCCUUGACGUUUUGUUCCUCUUGGAUAAAUCUGGUCUACACUGGAAAAAAGUCAGACAGAAAGUGAACUCCACGAAGACAGUGGUCAAAGUAGCAUUUAUACUUAGUCAUUGUGUUUUGUUUGGAUAAAGUCAACCAAAACUGGCUGGAAGGAAGGACAAGGAGCAAGGGACAAGAGGUGAAAGCUGGGCUGGCAGAAGCUCAUGGUCUUUCUCUCAUAAGGAAAGAAGUCAACCUCAUACAAUGCCAAGAAAAAUCUUCCUGGCAGCUCAGCUCGGCUAUUUGCAGUCUAGCCACAUACUUUAAACCUGGCUGUCCAGUUGUAGGUCUGUGCUUGUCUGUGGUGGAGAAUGUGGAGGGGAGAGCAAAGAGAAUCCACAAAGCACCAGACAGCAGUGAAAAGGAGGCCACGGGAGAGGAUGACGCAGGAAAUGGAACUGAGUUGAGGAUGGAGAAGCAGAGAGAACGCAGACGAGCAGUCACCUCAGCCAUCUCAGCCAAACAAAACCAACCACCAGGAUGUAUAGUACUCUGAUACUACAUGCAGCAUUUUUUUUACUUUAGAGAUGAUGUAGAAGUUACUGAAGUCAUUGUAAUUCUGUGUUUUUGUGGUUAAGUGCGUAUGUGUUGCCAGUUGGUAGUGGUGGUGGUGGUGGUGUGUGUGUGUGUGUGUGUGUGUGGUGAGAAGCAGCUCAGGAGGAUGUGUGGCUCGAUGCCUGAAUCAGCCCUGUGCUAUCAUCAGUGAAGGUACACCUUGACAUUUUGACUUUGAGUCUGCAUGUUCCUUGGCUCUAAUGAGAAAUGCUAACCAAGUGGUUUUUGGUAAAGUGAACUGCCACUAUGAAAGCCUGAUCCAGGACUGUCAUACCACAUACACAACCGUGGCCUAGGGAAGGUAACAAAGACCAGAAACAAACAGCUGACAGAAAACAGGAUUUAUUCCAGAAGAUAUACAGUAAGCCAUUGUCACUAAACUCACAACAAGCUACAUUUAAUAAAAGAUAACAUUGUUUAGCAGCAGCAUGGCCAGUGUGUGAGGAGGAAGAUGCACUAUAUAAAUAACAGACACACCUCUCUCCCUGCCAUGUUAGCCCUGUUUAAUGGCACCUUUCACCUCUGAGGACUCGAAACUUUGGGUGAUCCUAAAUAAACACAGACACAGAUUUUACCCUGCUAAUUACAACAAAGAGAGAGAAACGAGGUGAAAACAUUAAAUUUGGUAAAAAUUGUGGAGAGUGGAUUAUAAACUCUACAGAGAGAAAUCAUCUAUAUAUAAUAAACUAAACUACUGUAAUGUGUUUCCCUACCAUUACAAGUGUCUAAGAAGAUAGCUUGUCAUCCAGCACAUUUAUAUAUUCUACAUCCUUCCCAUAACAUGUGCACAUGUUAUUGGAUCUCCAUCAGAUACAAUAUAGUGCAAUACAGUAUGCAGGUCCUGGAUCAGGGCAAGGCAGUAAAUGAUAAAUGUUCUUAUAUAGUGCUUUUCUACACAUUGGAGCACGCAAAGUGCUUUACACUGUUUCCCAUUCAGUCACUCACAC